UGGCAGGACUGUGCUCGUAGGAAGUGGUCACAACUUCCACAAUGUGUGAAAAAGCAAAGUUUUCUGCAACCUCAGGUCUUAUGGACAGCUUCAUGGCUUGUUGGUCACAGUUUCAGCAGGAAGAAGAGGAGUUACUAGAAAAACUGUGUUGUGAUCAAAAUGUUGGGAAAGAACCUCGUGCUGUGCUAUUCUACAAGGAAGAGGGAAAUAAGAGGUUUGGAAGAAAACAGUACACAGCUGCAGCAGUUUUAUAUUCCAAGGCUAUAUCCCAUGGCAGUCCUGGCACUGAGGAAAUUGCAGUAUGUUUUGCCAAUCGAUCAGCAGUUCUCUUUCACCUUGGCCAUUACACAGAAUGCCUGGAAGACAUCGAUCGUGCACAAGAGCAUGGAUAUCCUGAACGAAUAAAGAGCAAAAAUACUUCAGCGGCAGGCAGAGUGUUUGCGAAAGCUGAAACAAUCUGAAUUCUCCAGCAUUCGUCUUCCCAGCACAGAAAGUAUUAACCUGACUGAUCCCACAAGGGAGCAUGCUGCAGAUGCGUUAUGUGGCAGACUACAAGAGUUGAAGUUAGACAGAAACCUGCAGCUAACUAAUGCUUCCAGUUCCCUA